AUGCACCAGUUUUUACAGCUUAUUUUGCUAUCAUCCACCGCAUUGGCUUUGAUUGGUGAUGGAUUUCUCUCAUUAUCGGUUAACAAGAUUCAAAACACUAAUGGGUUGGGUAAUUUCCCUAACAGAUUGCCACUUUUUGAGCAACUCGAGGAUGAAUUUGAAAAUAUUACCAGUACACUUUUAGGACAAAAUGCACAGAAAAGUAUUGCUCCAUUAUUUGGAAAUUCCGGGUUCAAAUUUGGGAAACACAAGAGUAAGAAUCCUAAAGGUCUUAAAAAUAUACUUGGAUUGGGUAAAAGUAGUAAAACAAACACCACGAGUCUGGAAAGUGACGAUACAAACGAAGAAAAUGAGACUGGCGCUUUUUCAGUUGAUUUAAACAAUGCUCAAACUAUGUACAUUGCUAGCAUUUCCAUUGGAUCUCCAGCACAAGAAGUCCAAAUCAUGAUAGAUACUGGAUCUUCUGAUCUUUGGGUUAUUGGUGCACAAAACCCAAGUUGUAUCGAAAAUGGUGGCUCUUUAAAUUGUUCAGAAUAUGGAACUUUCAACCCUAUUAAAUCAUCGACAUGGCACAAGAAUGCUAGUAUUGAGUUCAAUAUCUCCUAUCUCGAUGGGUCUACUGCUACUGGUGAUUUCGGUCAAGAUAACAUUGAAUUCUUUGACGAUUUCGUAUUGAAGAGAGCUAAUUUUGCUGUUGUUGAAAACACCACUUCUGAAAUUGGUGUUUUUGGAGUUGGGUACCCCGGAUUGGAAAGUACUUCCACGAAAUAUAGUAACAUCCCUCAUGCUUUAAAAGAACAGAAUUUGGUUGCUAAAGCCGCUUACUCAUUGUAUUUGGAUUCAAGUAGUGCUAGUCAAGGUAGUAUAUUAUUUGGGGGAAUCGAUCACGCAAAAUACACUGGUGAGUUGAUUGAAAUUGACAUUGUUCCCAAAGAUGGUGAAUAUCUUUAUUCACAGAUUCCCUUAUCCCAUAUUGCCGCUUCCCUUAACAACUAUACAAAUGCAUCUCCAGGAUCUGACUCAAAUGGUACACAUCCAGGGAAAGUAGGAUCUGCCACUAUUUACAAUGGAACUGAUUCCUUCAACGGUGGAAUUGAUUUGCAAAAUACCCUGGUUUUGCUUGACUCUGGCACCACUUAUUCAUUCCUUCCCAAAGACAAAGUUGAAAGUAUUGUUGGCUUAUUUGGUAAUGUUUCGUACGAUGGUACCAUCGGUGCUUACAAGAUUCCAUGUUGGUUGGGCAACGCCGGUAACUACUUCCAAUUCAAUUUUAAUGGUGAAAAAGAUAUCAAUGUUGAUAUUUCGGAAUUUGUGUUAGAAGUUGGUAAAGAUGCAUCUGGUUCUGCACAAUGUGUUUUCACAUUAUUACCAGGACAACCAAUUUUUGGAGACAACUUUUUGAGAUCGGUUUAUGCCGUAUUCAACUUGGACGAUAACACCAUAUCAAUUGCCCAAGCUAUCUACAACAAUGAUCAUAAAAUUGUGCCAAUAGAGUAG